CGCGUCUUUUAUUUUAUCCUUUGAAUUAUAUUUGGAUAUUUCAGGAAAUUUUCCAAAUAACUUGAUAGUUUUUAUAUAAUAAAAAAUUGAUUUAUAAAUUAAAUAGACCUUUAGAUAUUUAUUGAAUAAAAAAAUCAAUAGCUAUUUAAUAAUAUACCGGCUCUGAAGAGUAGUCGUUAAAGAGAUGAAAUUCCAUCGAAUGUGAAAUUUUACGCUGAUUACCUUCCGAUCGUGAGAACAUCAAAUAAAAUUCCCCACAUAUCGUUGCAGUACCAGGAAAAUAAUGGCGGAAGAAAUUCAAAUGUUCUAUGGAUGUUAUCUCUUAGUGAAUAAGAAUCCUAAAUUUAAAGGAAGAACAUAUAUAGGAUUUACUGUAAAUCCUAAUAGGAGAAUACACCAACACAAUACUGGAAUAAAAUCUGGAGGAGCAUGGAAGACAAGUGGUAGGGGGCCUUGGUAUAUAUUUAAUAAAUGUUUUAUUAUUUAUAUUUUUCCGUCUUUUACCCUACUAAUAUGUAAUAUGUUGUUCUCAUUUAUGGAAAAAGGGAUAUGGUCUUGAUAAUUCAUGGAUUUCCUAAUAAAAUUUCCGCUUUACGAUUCGAAUGGGCUUGGCAGCAUCCAGAUAAAUCCCGUCACCUCCGUGGUGUUCCUUUAAAGAAACGUCAUAAAUCGGCUUUGCAUAAACAGUUUUUUAUCGUUUCUCAUAUGCUAAGAACAGAACCUUGGAGGAGAUUACCCCUCACAAUUAGAUGGCUAAAGCAAGAAGAGUGUAUAGAAUUUGACGCCUUUUUACAACCUCCUUUGCAUAUGUCUAUUUGUUAUGGACUGGUGAGGCUUUUGAAUAAGAAAAAUGAGAAAUGUCAGACAAAUAGUAACAGAUUUAUUGGCGAAAACUGUUUUAUCUGCCAAAAAGAAUUAGAUGAGAAAAGCUUUGUUCAAUGCAUAAAUUCGACAUGUUCAACAAAAUAUCAUACUAUAUGCCUGGCUGAAUCCUUUCUCUCACAAGAAUUUCAGUUGGGUAGUCAAUUGAUUCCGACAAAAGGAGAUUGUAAUAAAUGCAAUACGAAUAUGUUAUGGGGGGAUAUAAUACGAUAUAAGCAGGGUUGUUACCAGCAUUUGUCCACUUCUAAUAAUGGCCAAGAAGGAAAAGGAAAUUACGAAGAGGAAAUUGAAGAAGAUUACAGCGUAAUAUCAGAGGAAGAACGUGUAACACUCGAUUAUUCAUUAUAUGAAAUUUAAAUGAAAUUAAAUACAUGGAUAAGUAAUUGAAUACACUCGACAAUAUAGCUUUUAUUAUUAUAAAUAAUUUAGCAAUAAUAAAAAUCAAAUCCCCUAACGAUUUAUAUAAUAAAAAGCUUAUUUAUUUCAUAAAUAAGUAAUACAAUAUUUUUUAGCAGCGAUAUUUUAAUAUAUUUAUAUAAUUAAGCAGAUUUUUCAUAAUAACGUUUACAUAAUAAAUAAAAU